AUGGGGAAUCUGCUCGUAGACUUGGCCGCCUCUUCCGGAACCCUCAUCAUGGAGGGCGACCCCGCGCCGAAACCGAAUUUCUUCAUUGAACUCUGCGAGUUGGUACACCAAAAGGUGCCAACGCAUGCCCUCGAUGUCACCGAGUCUCCCGACCGGGAGAAGAUGUACUGGCGUGAACUCUAUCGUUGGGUAGAGAUAGAGGAGAUGUAUGAUCAUGUCAUUGGCGAAUUCAGUCCACCAGAAAUUACCCGAUUGGACUACCGAGCCAUCCGCAAAUUCCAGGCUCAGCUUAAGCAAAAGGUUAUACGUCUAUCGACUCGAAGUGUAAGCUUAAUUCAAAUAUUUUAG